AUUAAAGAAUAAAGCUGAUGAUAUCACCGAGAGGCCGUCUGCGCUGCGCUGUUGAGCGUCGCCGGCGCUCCCGGAAGACGUGCGGGACUACGCUUCCCGGCUUCCCCAGCGGCGGGCCGUCGGCUACGGGGGCCGAGGGGCCGCGUCCGGGAGGCGGUUGUGCUGCACGCGCCAUGGGUCAGCUGGGGGCUGGGCUGCUGCUGCUGGGGUGGCUGCGGGCGCGGGCGCGUCGCUGCGUGGGGCCGGCCCUGCUGUGGGGGGAGCGGGCAGCGGGCGGCAGCACCCGGGCCUGCAGCUCCACACCCGCCCCAGAUGGCCUCGAGGGCCCAGCGCGCCGGCGCUCCUACUGGCGGUACGUGCGGCGUCUGGUGCAAGGAGCGCCGGAGCCGCCGUACCCGCGAGUGUGCCAGGUCGGAGACCCGGUGCUUCGGGCCGUGGCGGCCCCGGUAGAACCGGCGCAGCUGGCGGGGCCUGAGCUGCAGCGGCUGGUGCAGCGGCUGGUGCAGGUGAUGCGGCGCCGGCGCUGCGUGGGGCUGAGCGCGCCACAGCUCGGUGUGCCGCUGCAGGUGCUGGUGCUGGAGUUCCCUGAGGCGCUCUGCCGCGCCUGCGCACCGCGCCUGCGCGAGUCCCGCCAGAUGGAGCCCUUCCCCCUGCGCGUGUUUGUGAACCCCAGCCUGUGGGUGCUGGACAGCCGCCUGGUCACCUUCCCCGAGGGCUGCGAGAGCGUCUCCGGCUUCCUGGCCUGUGUACCCCGCUUCCAGGCAGUGCAGAUCUCAGGGCUGGACCCUAGAGGAGAGCAGGUGGUAUGGCAGGCAAGUGGGUGGGCAGCCCGCAUCAUCCAGCAUGAAAUGGACCACUUGCAGGGCUGCCUGUUCAUUGACAAAAUGGACAGCAAGACUUUUACAAAUAUCCACUGGAUGGAGGUGAAUGACUGAAGCCUUCCUGCUGCAUCUGAGGAUCCUGAAUAUCAAGACACAAACACUUCGGCUUUGAGUUGGGCAUGUCUUACUUGGUUGGCAUCGAUUUUGAUUGGCUCUGCUCUGACAGGAAACAAUGGUCUGCCAAAGCAUGCCAAACUGACUUGGAGGAAGAUAUUAAAAAUAUUUGCCCUGAAAUGAGCUAUAGACAAUAUAUUGCCUUCUACUUGAGAAGAAAAAUAACUGCUCUAAAGGAAUGGACAUUUCCUGGCAAUUCUGUAUACAGAUAGGUGGGACAAGUAAAUAACCUUUCUUAAGAGACAUCAUUUCAGAAAAGCUGUAUCAUCUAUUCCCAAAGCCAAGAUUUGAUAAUAAUAUAGUCCCCAAACACCCAAAAGCCAUGUUUAAAAAUGCAGGUUAGGACUGUGGUUGGUUGAACGUCUUCAACAAGUUUUUAUAUUUACAAAAGGCUUGUGUGUGUGUGUGUGUUACUUGCAGAGUCUUUGUUUUUGACACUAGUUUACCUGUGAAAGUAAAACACAGUUCAGAAUGUCUCCAGUUCAUGGAAGACAAUGUUCAGUGUUCAAUGACAGUAUUUACAGACUUGAGUAUUCACACAUUUUAACAAGUUCAGGUACAGUUUUAGGUCUCCACCUUUUGCUUUCCGUCUUUCUUUAACGGGCCUGGAGAAGAGUUUUCUGCUAAGAUCUCUUAGGAAGCUGGUACUGGGCUCAUUCUUUGGGUGGAGGCCGUGGGGCAGGGCUGGGGAAGGGGUGAUGCAGGUUUCCUUGUGAUACAAAAGGAGAGCAUUCAAAUGAAACCUUUCCUAAGACGAAUGGCAUAAACUGAAGAAGUAGUUACCUUAGGACACAUCUUGCUAACCAAUGCACAGAAUUAAAUCAAAAUAAAGCACAGAUGCUCACACAGUUCAGUGAUGGUGUCUGGAUGCUGAUGCUGAGCACCACUCCCUGUAAGGAGCUUGCCGGUGCCACUCUGGCAGCUCUGGGUGUACGCUGCUUCUGUAACAGCUUGCUGCAAAACAAAAGCUGAAUGCCGUUUUAACUUUCCGCCUUUUUUCAUAAAAGUGAAAAUCCUCGUCAGAUUUCUUUUCAUCAGUGAAAACAGGUAGGUCUUUCAUAAAAGCAAAGUGGCUUGAAGUGAAUUUUCAAAAAGUGGGGGAUGCCUGUGGUUGAGAAGGAGCAAUGAGCCUCUUCCUGUCACAAUUAGGACAAAAAAAAAAGGGCAGAACUUGGGUUUCCUCGUCACACUUAUUUUGAAAAAAUAAAUUUGCAUGAUGCUGACCAGUGUUCAGUGUUAAGAUACUGUCAGAGCUUUGUCAAGAAGUGAAGGAACCUGUUUCCUUCAAUAUUUAGUGUCUUACUUCAUUUUUAUGCUGAGUUUUGCAAUGCAGGUACUUUUACCAAAGUCCUCAAAAUCCAAGUACCCAAGUAGUUAAGUCCAGUAAGCUGUUUGGAGAAAAUGUGGUUUAAACAGUAAUUAAACGACCCCAGGAAAGACCCACUUCACUGUGGCUUUCUCUAGAAAGCCAAGUCUGGGGGCCAGUGAGGCCAAGCAAAAGUAAACUGGCUCUCUGUGCAUCACACUUCAGGGAGGAAAAGGGCCCAGCACUGCCCUGAGAUGAAGGUAGAGAGACUCAGCCAUCAGGGAGUCUGUAGUAAGCUCUCAUUUAUACUGAAUACAUGGGUCCUUAGAUACAUUAGAAUUCAGUAAGCCUCCUUUCCUUUGGACAGUGUUCAGAAGCUCUUACAGAGUGGCAUCGAAACAUUCUAAUGAUUCCUUACAGUGCUCUGAGGUUAACAGUCCUUAGUGAUACGUUUGUAAUGUGGAUCCUGAAUCAAGGCCCAAGAAUAAGGGAUUAUUCAGAGUGGACCUCAGAGAAAGCCUGGACUCUGUGCUGCUGACAUAUAUGAGAUUCACUGUUGUAACCAAAUCCACAUACAAGGAAAGAUGUGAUCGACUAACUCAAGACACUACAAUCCAAAGACAACAAAUCCUUAUAUUUCCAAUAAAAAAUCCCUCCUACCUUGGGCAGAAAUAUUAGCUGCAAAACAGACACAAAUCAGCAAAUUGAAUUUUAAAAAGUUUUAGAAGUCAACUUGCCAAUGUAGGCAGAAGUUUUAGAAUAGAAUUUUCAAGUAGGAAGAAGUGAAUUUCAGAGUAAGCAUUUACAGGAGGAAAUUCUUAUAUGCGGUCAUAUUGAGCAUAGAGUGAGGCCACUGUGUCAUCAAUGUAGUGUGAACAGGACACUCACUUGCCUGGUGGCAGAGAGAGAAAUGGAGAGGCAGGGCAGCUGUGAAAGCUGUGACUAGAGCUAUGACAAUGAAUCACAGCAGCCUUAAACUUUCUGCUAACCUCUGUGACUUGCCAAGAUGCUCAAGCAGUAGAAAUGAGAA